UUGGCCGCGCCGACGGUCCGUACAGCGAGGGGGGCUCUGCCCAUCAUGUGAAAACGCUUUCCUCGUUGGUCGAAGGGCGGCUACCUGUGCAUGUGGAGAUGGAUGGGGUCGCUCCUCUCUGAUCCGGCAAGCACAGGCGAGCGAGGGAUGGCGCCUCAAAGCGUCGAGGAGGAAGAGGAGUGCGUCAGCGGGGCUCAACUCAUCGCCGAGGCCCUGAAGACACAAAAUGUAGAGUAUGUAUUUGGUAUUGUUGGUGUUCCCAUAACUGAAGUAGCAAUUGCUGUUCAAGCAAGUGGAAUUAAAUAUGUUGGAAUGCGCAAUGAACAAGCUGCCUCCUAUGCUGCUUCUGCUGUUGGAUACCUGACAGGCAGGCCUGGGGUAUGCCUUGCUGUUUCUGGCCCAGGUCUUGUACAUGCUCUAGCUGGAAUGGCGAAUGCAAAUGUGAAUUGCUGGCCUCUGGUCGUCAUUGGAGGUUCCUCUGACAGAAAUCAGGAAACCAUGGGGGCUUUCCAAGAAUUUCCACAGGUUGAAGCUUGUAGGCUAUAUAGCAAAUUUUCUGCGAGACCAAGCAGUUUAGAAGCUAUCCCGGCUGUGAUUGAGAAGGCUGUCAGAAGUAGUAUCUAUGGUCGUCCAGGUGCUUGUUACAUUGACAUACCUGGAGAUUUUGUGAAUCUUCAGGUGAAUAAGAGCUCUGUCAGGUAUGUAGGAUGCUGUCCAGCGCCUCCCAUCAGCAUGGCUGAAGAAUCGGCUGUUUCAGAAGCAGCUUCGUUUAUUACACGUUCCAGAAAACCGCUGCUCAUUAUUGGGAAAGGUGCUGCUUAUGCACGUGCUGAAAACAGCAUCAGAAAGUUAGUAGACCAGUGUGGGCUUCCAUUUUUGCCUACUCCAAUGGGGAAGGGAGUAGUUCCAGAUGACCAUCCGUACUGCGUAGCAGCUGCCAGAUCUAGGGCCUUGCAGUCUGCUGAUGUAAUAAUAUUGCUUGGUGCCAGACUGAACUGGAUUCUACAUUUUGGACUUCCUCCAAGAUUUCAGCCAGAUGUAAAAAUUAUCCAGGUAGACAUUUGUGCAGAAGAGCUAGGAAAUAAUGUGAGACCUGCAGCAGCCUUAUUGGGUGACAUAAAAGCAGUGACUGAGCAGCUUUUAGAACAUCUGAACAGAAAGCUUUGGAAAUACCCUUCUGGUACUGAGUGGUGGGCAGAACUACAGGCAAAAAUGAAAAGCAAUGAGGAAACAUCCAAGGCACUAUCACUGCGAAGGCAUCUGCCCAUGAAUUACUAUACAGUAUUCCGCCACAUCAGGGAACUUUUGCCAAAAGACUGCAUUCUGGUUAGUGAGGGAGCAAACACCAUGGACAUAGGGCGCACAAUGCUUCCAAAUUACCAUCCUCGGUGUAGGCUUGAUGCUGGCACAUUUGGGACGAUGGGAGUUGGGCUGGGCUUUGCAAUAGCAGCUGCCAUGGUUUCUAAGGACCAUAAUCCUGAGCGGCAAGUGGUCUGCAUAGAAGGAGACAGUGCCUUUGGAUUCUCUGGCAUGGAGGUGGAGACUAUAUGCAGGUAUAACUUGCCAAUCGUUAUAAUCAUAGUCAACAACAAUGGGAUAUAUGGUGGUUUGGAUGCAGAUACUUGGAAGGAGAUAUUGGAGCAUGGAGAACCUGCUACAUGUGCCCCUCCAGUAUCUCUGCUGCCAAAUGCUCACUAUGAGCAGAUAGUAUCUGCUUUUGGUGGUAAAGGAUACUUCGUCCAAACUCCUGAAGAACUGCAAGCAGCCCUGAAAACAAGCCUGGUGGAAAAACCUGUCCCAUCCCUCAUUAAUGUAAUGAUUGAUCCACAGUCAGACAGGAAGGAGCAAGAGUUUCACUGGCUGACGCGAUCUAACCUGUAGUAGAAGAUGCACUGGGGUUCCUAGGCAAAACCGUCUGUGUAAACUAAUCACAAUGGGCUUUCAGACUUCAGACCACAUCAUAGCUGUGAUCUGCAAUGGCUUGUAUGGAUUGCAAGAUCCUUAUAUAUUUGCCAGUCCUCAGUGACCGAGCACUGGUACUGUGGCCGUGCAUUUUGUCACACACAUGGGUGAGCAGACAAGCAGCAACUGUAUCUGGCUCCCUUCUUCAUUGCUACCAUUAUCUAUUCACAUAGUCACAGCACCAUCCAUGGGGUCAGUCCCAGCUCUUAAAACCAAGAAUGAUAACUGCCGUAGUGCUGAACUUUAUAUGUUUCCCUGGUAAGAGAGUGCUGCGUAGCCCUGUGGUGGCUGUACAUGGCAUGUCUCUGUCUGCUAAAAGACACUAUCGAGACUAGCAGACACUCAUGGUGCUGUGAUUGGAUCAUGGUGGCAUGAUGUUGCCUUAUAAAAGUGACCAAAGUAUGAAAGCUAUAAAUAAAAUUUGUGUGGCUUUAAAAGAACUUAGUCUGAGCUGUAACAAAACCUCCUGCUGUUUUAAGUAUUGUGCAUUUUUACUGGUUCUGAUACAGCUGUAAAUGGAACUCAUAGGUGAUAUAAGCUUAUAAUUCUAGGGGUGGAGCGGUUUGCUUUGCUUCUUAUAGACCGCAGUCUUAUAUAAUCAGAAUAAAAUCAGGUGGAGAAGCAGCUUUCCCCGCCAGGAUGGUCAGUCACUAAACCAUGUGUUUUCUGAUGCUUCGCUUGCCUGUUUGUUUUGUUUAAUCUUGAUUGAGCUGUAUCCUUUUUAAACACACAGCUUCGUACUAUUGAUGUCUCUUUGUUGGGAGGGGGGAGAAUUAGGUUCUGUCUUGGCUCUCUCACUCUUUGAAACAAAUCAGGCGUACGUAGCUUUGGCUGGAUUAUGCACCAAAUGUAGGUGGUAAACAUGACACGAGUUUUAGCAUUUUAUAAGCACUGAUUUUUUCCCUAUUAAUAUUUUCUCAUACUUUUUAAAUUUUCUGGUAGUCCUAUUAAGUCAUGGUGCUGUAAUGCCUGCCUAUAAAUGUGUUUGAAAAGAAAUUCAGAACUUUUUUAGAAAACGAGGAACCUAGCAAAGUUUGAAUAUAAGCAUUCUUGUUGUAUAUUUACAUUUAGGCAGAAAACUGACACACUGCAAUGAGUUACAAUCCUAGGAAGCUGUACUUAAGUAUUUCUGAAAUUCUCUUUCCAAAAAUUUGACUACUUUUUAAAAAAGAAAAUUGUGUUCCAUGUCAUUCAUGUUCACCAGAGGGCGUCCUUAAUUCAUGGUUUUGUCUUGUGAAAAUAUGUACUAAGUCCUUUUUAAAGACAAAUUGGGGGGAUCAAUACUAUGUUAAUUAUCAAUGAAGCUGCAGAAAAUUCCAUAAACAGUGUUUGGGAACAUGUCAGUAGGAUGUUUAAAAAAGAGCAAAAAGUAUUGGCAUAUCACAUAAAGAACUUUAAAUAAUGGUUUAUUAUGCCUUUCACUAAAUCCAGAAAUAGGGGAUUGGCCUAGUUCAGUUACCAGCUGUUUGGUGGGACUUUAAACAAUAUAAGCAAGUCUUUCCCUGACCUCUUAAUGAAGCUACAAGACAUGUUCAGUAAAUUAUGUGCAACUAAACUGCAACACACCUACCUAUCCAGCACUUUUUGACCCCACACUUCUUCCAAGUUGCUCAGAGUGGCAUACAUGGCUCUCCCUUCCAAGCUUUAUCAUCACAAGCAUGAACAACAACAACAACAUCACCGCCCAGAGCCCCUGGGGAUGGGCGGUAUAUAAAUUGAAUAAAUAAAUAAAUAAUAAAAAUAAUUAUACUCAGGGUGGGUGGAGGGUCCAGUGUUGCUCAGUGGCCCAGCUUCAUAGUGGAGUCCAAUCAGUACACAACACUACUCCUGAAGUGUACCACUUAGUCUGGCAGGACUAAGAACAAAGGAACAACACAGGACCAUAGCAAGUAUCCUGAUUUGAAUAGUGGCCAGCCAGAUAGCUCUAGGGAGCCCAUAAGCACAGCAUCUCUUUCCCGUUGGUUGUUUCCUAGCAACUGUGCUUUCAGAGGUGCAGCAGGUGGAAACUAGAGACUGGGCUUCUUCAACAGAGGCACCUUGCUCAUCAAAUGCUCUUCCCCUUGUGGCUCACCUGGCACCUUCGUUGCUUUCUUUUAGGUUCUCGGCCAAAAUGUUUCUGUUCAUCCAGGCUUUUAAUUUAAGGGGUUGAUUUUUUGUAAAAACACUAUUUUUAGCCUGGAAACUGUUAUUUUUAGCUAUCUGUGGUCUGUUUUUAUGAUCUGUUUUUAUGCUGGGCUGGCUUUUUUAAUGUUGGAUUAAUGUUUAAUUAAUAUCUUUUAAAAUUUUGUUUUUAUUAUCUUUAUUUUGUAAGCCACCUCUGGCAGGUUGUAACAUUUUUGCAAUUUCUGUGUGCUCCAAAGGGACCCCACCCUCAAGAGCUGAUUUUGCAACAUGUGUGCACACAUGUAUGCAGAGGGACGUAUAAGUUGCAUAAGGGGUUCCUGUGUGUUCUUCCAUCUUGGGGCAAAUAGCAUCUCCUGAGGGAGGGGAGGAAUUAACUUUGAAAAAAUGGCAUAUUAGAAACUGGAAAUUGCAAAAGGGGGAGGGGAGAACAUCUCUGAAAAAUCAAGAGUGGAGAAGAUACAGAGUACCUUCUGCCCUUUGUAUAAUCAAAAUUGUCUUUUGCUCAAUUUGUUUCCUUUAGCCCUCCAAAUCAGUCUGCCCUUUUCAUUGUCCCCCUCCAUUUUACAUCUCCCUUUAGAACCUUAUUCUUUUUUGGCACCACAGUCCUUAAACCUUGAUCCUUCUCUUCCCGCCACUCAUACGGUCAUUAUUUUUCCAUCUUAUUUUUCCCUCCCUCACAUAAGCCAAUCACCCAAUAUCUCUGUUGUCUGUAUGUUUAUAUAUAAUCCGAGCAGUUAUAUGGUCCCAAGGUAGGGGGUCACCAAUGUGUAAAUACAUAAAUUUUGCCAUUGGCAGCAUGGGUGUCCCAAAUGGGCCAGAUAGCACCUCUUACACCCUUUCAGAUCAGGAAAACAGCAUAGGAUAAAGAUACAUGCUAAAAAUACAAUGGCUGUAGUGCCACUCAGUGAGAUAAAUGUACAAUGGAGUUCAGCGGAAGUAUGGCUAAAUGCACUUCAUACAGUGGUCAAAAUCCAACACAAGAAUGACAGAGAAGACUGGACUGAUGGUUGAGGUGAAGGUUUUCCGGUGCAAUGGGAAAACCGUGUCAAAUAGCAAAGGAAGGAUGGGUAAGAUUAAGCUUGUGUGGUUCUGAGAAGACUUGGCUUAAAGAAGUUGUUCAAGAGUGUCUUGCUCACGUAUUAGGGCAACCCAAGAAAGCAGGUGGCACGACGGUAGGCACAACUAAUAAAUUGAAAUGCCAUCAGGUGUUUCAUGUCAUCAGGAACGUGACAGUCUCUGUACAAAGGACGCAGCAAUUGGCAGAGCUACCACCCUACCUGCUCUGUGACAUUUUUUGUGAGUUGUUUUAUGUUUCUUUUUCUUAGGCUUCACACAGAUGAGGCAUCUGGGGCAUCUAUGACCAUAUCUUUUUAUUAAAAGUAGCCAUGUUGAGGGGAAUUUGAAUCAAGACUGUGGCAAUGGUUCCAGGGGAGGUGCUGUUUCCACUUGUCCUGGUGUGGCUGUCCUUUUUUCCUUCUGAAGCUAAUAGCUGAGCAAGAAGGAAAGGUGGUUUCCAAUGACAUGGGAAAAGAAGCUUAACGUGCUUCCCAGUAUUGCUGAUUAUUUAUUUUAUUGCACUUAUAUUCUGCUCUCCCUGUAAGAAGGCUCAGAGCGGAUCACAUCAGAUUAAAAAAACAAGGUAGCAAAAUAGAUAAAACAAUUCCAGUUCAUAAAACUUAGUGACUCAUAUUGCACAGUCCCUCAACACCUAAAACCCAUAGGGCGGGUGGCGAGCAAUUAGAGGUUACACAGACGGGGGGCAAUGUUCCCCUCCUGGCAGGCUGGUUAAAGGGGGGGGGGUCUGUUCACCAAUACCACCAUAUGCCUGGCGGAACAUCUCUGAUAGGCCCAGCAAAAAGAUAAUAAAUCUUGCCAGACCUGUGUUUCUGCAGACAGAGAGUUCCAGCAGGUCAGUGCCAGGACUGAAAAGGCCCUAGCCCUGGUCAAGGUGAGAUGAACUUCCCUGGGGUGGGAAACCACUGGCAGAUGUUGGUCUGCCUAAUGAAGGUUCCUCCGAGGAACAUAUGGUGAGAGGCAUUCGUGCAGGUAUGCCAGUCCCAGUCUGCUAAGGGUUUUAAAGGUAAAAAACCCAAACAUUGAACCUAAUCUGGAAUUCCACUGGGAACCAGUGCAGCUGGUGCAGUAUCGGUGUUAUAUGUGACCGGAAUGGAGUCCUAGUCAGGACAGCAGCGCUGCAUUCUAGACCAGUUGCAGCUUCAGAGCAGGCCCAAGGGCAGCCCAGCAUACGGCUAGUUGCAGUAAUCUAAUCUGGAGGUAACCGUCGUAUGUAUCACUGUGGCAAGGUUGGUGACUGAAAGAUAGGGUACAAGUUGCUUGAUCUGAUGGAGGUGGAAAAAUGCAGACCUGGCAACUGCCACGACUUGGGCCCCCCUUGACAAGGAGGCAGCCAAUGCCACAUCCAGACUCCUCAUCACCUGCAACAGUGCAAGUGGCACCCCAUCAAGGACUGGGAGUCGGUUACCAAAACCAAAAACCCACGGCCCAGAUGCAGGACCUCUGUCUUCAUAGGAUUCAACUUCAGUCAUUGCUGCUUCAACCAUCCAGUCACAGCCUCCAAAGCCCUGUCCAAACUGUAUGGAGCAGUGUCAUGUCUGUACCCCUACAUCCAUGACAUUAUUCUAUGUAUUGAACCAUUGCUAAUGCUGUAUCUUGAUUUCAUUUUGCAAAUGCUCUAACCAUAACUUUCGUUUCUCCCUCUAGCAGCCUGAGAAUGCAGCUGUCUUAUCUGUUCUUUCUUUGAAGCUCACAGAAGUGACCUUGCACUGUCUAAAAUGUUAGUUUACUCUCAUGCAUUCCUAGACCCUUUCCCGCACACACCUGUGGUCUAGCUGGGAGGGGGGAAAUGAAUGGGUAUUUAGAGUUGUAUUUUCCUCAAGUCUCUAUUCCUAUCAAGGAAGCAUGUACUACUGAGAUGCUUUUUUGCCUCUGAGUAACUCUAUGCAAAUAUAUAUGGAAAAGAUUGGAUUUCUGAAUAAAACCAUUUAACCAAGA